AAACAGUCGAAAUAUUAAAGUAUCAUUAAGGGCGAGUUGUUGUAUGAAGUGACGCUGUAGUCUUAAGUGUUUUGAUAUUACGCGAAUUAGAAAUUUUUCUCGUAUUGUUAAAUCGCGAAACGGAGGUAUUUCGUCGUUAAUCAAACACCACUGUUAUAGAGAGUACUGAAACAAGUUUUCAUUUAUCUCUUUCCUGAUUAUAUGGUCAAGAGAAACCAUUAAAGUGUGUAUAAAUGUAAAGAAAGCAUCUCAGGCUGUAAAGGAAGAAUCUGCUGAUCUGGAGUCUUCAGGCUCACCAAAAUUAUCUGAGUUGUAUGAUAUACCAUUUAGGCCUGUAUCUGCGAUGGAUAUAGAGGUUACAAAUUUGCAGGCAUCUCCUCAACGACAGCUGAAUGGUGAUAUUUCUUCAAUUGAUGGUAAUGAUGUAACAGCCAUAUCCCGAAGUGUUUCUGACCAUGUUUCAACCAGUGGUGAUAAAAGAAACGCAGGUGAGGCUGAGCAAGCCUCAGCGACUGAAGAUAAUGAAAGAAAGGCAUCAAGUGAUGAUGUUCCUAAUCAAGUUUCAGCUAGCGAAGAUGAAAGAAAGGGAUAUGGUAGGGAUAAAACUACUGUCGAUACUUCUGAGAGUAUUUCGAACAUGUCUUCGCGUCCUCAACGGUGUCUGCGGCUGAACAGGAGAGGGUUUUAUAUUUCAAAGUUGAAUGAAAAACUUUCAUCCAAAACAGCAGCAAGUAUCAAUUCGUAUGUAUAAUCUUUUAUAUUUAAUAAA